AUGGCGGCGCCCUACCCCAGCAGUGCCGGCGGCGGCGAGGUCAAAUGCGGGGCAGGAGGUGGGGGCAGCGUCCGGUGGGACUUUCUGCCCGCGGUCAAGGCUCCGCCCGGACCGUGCCUGCAGGCGCAGCGCAAAGAGAAAUCCCGCAACGCUGCGCGCUCAAGGCGCGGGAAGGAAAACCUGGAGUUCUUCGAGCUGGCCAAGCUGCUCCCUCUGCCCGGCGCCAUCUCCAGCCAGCUGGACAAGGCGUCCAUCGUGCGCCUCAGCGUCACCUACCUCCGCCUGCGCCGCUUCGCAGCGCUCGGGGCACCCCCCUGGGGGCUGCGGGCAGCUGGGCCGCCUGCUGGCCUGGCCCAAGCCCGCAGGUCCUCCUCUGCGCUGGUCUCCGACGUCUUCGAGCAGCACCUGGGAGGACACAUCUUACAGUCCCUGGACGGCUUCGUCUUUGCCUUGAACCAGGAGGGAAAGUUCCUUUACAUCUCAGAGACUGUGUCCAUCUAUCUGGGUCUCUCACAGGUGGAGCUGACGGGCAGCAGCGUCUUUGACUACAUCCAUCCUGGAGACCACUCCGAAGUGCUGGAGCAGCUGGGGCUGCAGGCGCCCGUGCCUGGGCCCCCCACCCCGCCCUCCAUCUCUUCCUCUUCUUCCUCCUCCUCCUCUUCCUCCUCGCUUGCGGAGACCCCUGAGAUUGAGGCCAGCCCUGCUCAGGUGCCCCCAUCCUCCCGAGUCCAGGAGCGCUCCUUCUUUAUCCGCAUGAAAUCCACCCUCACCAAGCGGGGGCUGCACGUCAAGGCCUCGGGGUACAAGGUCAUCCACGUGACCGGGCGCCUUCGGGCCCGCGCCCUGGGCCUCGUGGCCCUUGGUCACGCGCUGCCCCCAGCCCCACUGGCGGAGCUGCCACUGCACGGUCACACGAUCGUCUUCCGCCUCAGCCUGGGUCUCACCAUCCUUGCUUGUGAGAGCAGAGUCAGCGACCACAUGGACCUAGAGCCCUCGGAGCUGGUGGGCCGCAGCUGCUACCAGUUCGUCCACGGUCAGGAUGCAGCCAGAAUCCGCCAAAGCCACCUGGACCUGCUGGACAAGGGUCAGGUGAUGACCGGUUACUACCGUUGGCUGCAGCGCGCCGGGGGCUUCGUGUGGCUGCAGUCUGUGGCCACCGUGGCCGUGAGCGGCAAGAGCCCUGGGGAGCGCCAUGUGCUCUGGGUCAGCUACGUGCUUAGCCAAGCCGAGGGGGACCAAACGCCUCUGGACGCCUUCCAGCUUCCAGCCAGGGUGGCCUGUGAGGACCCAUCCAGCCCCGAGCCAGAGCCCACAGAGCCAGACCGUCCAGUGGCCGGGAAGCAGAUUGUGCCCCAAGACAAGGACGAGCCCCCCCAGACCCGGGGCAAACGCAUAAAAGUGGAGCCUGGCCGAGGGGAGACUAAAGACCCUGAGGACAGUGGGGAUGAGGCAUCAUCCAGUCACCUGGCCCCGCCACAGCCCGAGUUUACUUCUGUCAUCCGGGCGGGGGCCCUGAAGCCAGAUGUGGUACAGCCGUGGGGCCUGGCACCUCCCGGGGAGCCCCCGCCGUCUGUGUUCCAUGUGGGCUUCCUGCCCCCCACCAUGCGAGGUCUGUGCACACCGGGCACCAUCCGCUAUGGCCCCACGGAGCUGGGCCUCAUGUACCCGCACUUGCAGAGGCUGGGCCCGGGCCCCGCCCGCCCCGAAGCCUUCUACCCCGCCCUGGGCCUGCCCUACCCUGGGCCCACAGACACCAGGGGGCAGCGGAAGAGGGACUGA